CAGAGACCAGAAUGAACCAAGGACCAUUCCUUGGCACCGGAUGGACCCGGGGGGGCGCCUCAGAGGUGGUCAGGCGGGCUCAUCCUGCUUCUGGUGCCCAGUGGAAUGUGCAGGUCGUCAGAGGCAAAGUGAACGGCAGGUGCCUGUGGAAUGCCUGCAAGGCCUUGAGCCUAGGGUUACUCCUCAUGGUAUUGGGAGCGGCUAUGGCUACUAUAGGUUACUAUGCUGAUCAUCUCUCUGCCGCACCGGAAUUUAAAGCAAACUUUACAGUCCGAGCAAAAAAUGAAACCAAAAGUUUUCACCUAAAUAAUCUUUCUUACGCUGGACCUAUUGUUAUGGGAGUUGGGGGUUUCAUAGUUGUCGCAGCUUGCGUAAUGACCUUCGAAGCCCGCGAUUCCGCAGCGAAAGUAGUACCUGCUAGGUUCAAACUCAGCACUACGGGACCCGGUCCUCCCAGCAUCUGCGGUCAUGGCAGCUGCAGUAGCAGACACAGUUCUCUGAAGACGUCUGCUGUGCAGGUACAGACAAUGGCGCAGCAUCCGCACCAGCACACGCAUCAACGCGCACACUGUCAUUCAGCCUCUGCAGAUAGAAGGGCGUUGACACAAUCGUUUUUACAUUUUUCUAGGGGCCUUGCGUUAGACACGCAACAGAAUAAGAAUUUGCUCAAAAUUCCACAGGGUUCUAUUAAUAGAAGUCCAUCCGCUCCUGAUCUCGUUCUAGAACGUUCUGGUAAAACCGAACAACCUCCUUCACCUCAACAAGUGCGAACUCCUUUACCUCUGAAGGCUAACCCGAAGCCUAAAACAUUUGCUGCUUGUGCGUUGCUCAAUCCAGGGUUAUUACACAGACAUGCUAUAUCUGUAGAUGAAACUGCUGGAAAUUAUAGAUUAAGUAAUGAAUCCUUACAUCUAUGCGGUAGUCAAGAAGGAUCAAUGGCAAUGGAUUUGCAUUUAGAAUAUCCUGUAACUUUGCGUGUAAAAGACAGACGGAGGCCUUUGAAAAGACAGAGAAGAGUUGAAGAAGAAAAAGAGAUGAAUCAUGCUCACGAUGGUGGUAUAAGAAGAAGUUCGCAUACUUGUUCUGUUAAAUUACCAUCCACACAUAACUUAGGAGAUAUUUCUAAAAAAGGUGGUUCAGCUCAUCAGUUACCCACCCACUACUCCCACUGCCCGGUUGCCGCUGCUGCUGCAGCCGCUGCAACUGCUCACACCGCGUCGACUAGACGAAGAAGUUCGAACGCUUCUGAUAUUGGAGCAAGAAGACACAGAAAAAGUGACUACAGCCACAGAAGGGGUCAACUAGAAAGAGCUAUUAGUCAAGAUUCGAGACUUACUGGUGCUAUUCCAAAAUACUAUCACCAACAUCAUUCCCCUCAGCGCACUCCUCAAUAUACUCCGGAGGUUAGUCCUCAGAUAACACCGCAACCUACUCGGGCCCAGAAUUCGCUUGAUUUGGAUCCUGGAGGGGGUCACACUGUUGAUUCGGAUGUACGAUUGUCACAACACAGUGUAUAUUUUAGUAAUAGCCCUCAAAAAUGAUAAAGUUUUGCUGAAUGAACUUGGAAUUUAAAGUGGUAUUAUUGAAAAGUUGAUUAUACAUUUUUUUAUUUAUAAAAAAUAAGUCAAUAUUUUAGGCAACUUUUUUAUAUCACUGUUACACAUGUAAAAUACUUGUUCAGGGUAAAUAUUUGUUCUAGAAAUAGAACUGUUUCAAAAUAUCUUAAUUAUAUAGAUACCUACCGAGUGAUUCAGAUUUUUUGCCAAGCAAAUAUUUCAGUUAUUUUGGAAAAUUACGAGAUUAAUCUGAAUUUACCAUCAAGGGUGGCCUGAAGCCAUUGUUUCAUGGGUACUUUUACCUUUGCAGCGGAGCACUGAAAUAGAUUGUAAUAUCGAAUAAUUAUUUUAUGGUGAUACAAAAAUGGAUCACACCAGUAGAAGUCAAAUAUGACGUAUCACUAAAUACGGUGUUUUCCGUUUGGCACUGGUAGUACGCAUUGAGUAUAUUUGUAUCUUUGUUUAUCGAUAUGGAAAAGAAGAAAGUGAGAAUACACUCAGAACGCACUGAACAUUCCAAUGGAAAACGCCAUUAGAAACCGAUGUAUUCAUGUGACAUAAUUUGUAUGGAAAAUAAAAACAUAACAUUCUGUCAUUGAUUUUGACAUAAUAUAAGUACGUUUUAAGUUAUUUAGUUUUUUAAACAUUGUUUUUAGGACGCAAAAAAGGAGUUUAAAGGUAUGUAUUUUAUUUUUAAUGUAACUACUUCAUUUUGGCAUAAUUUAAAAUGAAUACAAUCUUAGAUAUAUUAGAAAUAAAUAAAUAAAUAUCUAACCUCUUUGUUAUUUUUUAUAGAAUCGUUUACUAAAAGAUUAUUUAACUAAAAUGCUAUUUUCUUACAUUAAGAAUAUAUUUUAAAACCUAAACUCACUGAAAUAAAAUGAUAACAAAACUAGAUAUUUAGUUCAUAAACAACCGUGUUUGGCAUACAAAUUGAAAAAUGUGACAGGUACUAUUUAAAGUGAGGUUAGAAUUUAAUUAGUAG